CUGAACAAGUUCAGACAGUUUUUACUUUUUCACACACUCUCUCUCUCUAUCUACCAAUUGCUUCGCUGUUAUUUGAUCCUUACGCGAAAUCAUUCAUCCUCUCUCUCUCUCUAAACAACCUAAAAUCAGUGAGACAAUCGAUUUCCUGUCCUCUUAAUUAAAUUUUACCAUCACAACUUACGGAAAGUUUAACCUGAAAUUCAAGAUUUUCUGUUCUUCUUCUAUUGAUUGAUCAACUAGGAGAGACUUUCCUCUUGUUUUGUUUUGUAUUGACUCUAUGGAAUCAAUUAGAAAGCAAGCAAGUAAACUGAGAGAACAAGUAGCAAGACAACAACAGGCAGUCUUGAGGCAAUUAGGGCAUUUUGCUAGUGAUUUUGGUAUUGCUGAUGAAGCUGAAAUUGAAUGCCACGAACAACUUCAACAUCUUUACAACUCUACCAGAGUCGCAAAGCAUUUUCAGAGGAACAUAGUUCGAAAUGUCGAAAGUUUUGUUUCUAUCAGCACGAAACAAUUGGAAUUAGUAAAAAAGCUAGCCGAAGAUUGUUGCAGAUACGGGAAUGAGAAUCAAAGCUCUAAUGCUCUUGCAAAUGCAGCAUUUGAGUUUGGUGCCUCGCACAAGUCAAUGGAGGAAGAGAUGGAGAAUUUUGUUAAGAUUCUUGAUUCUCAGGUUUCAGAGCCACUACGGGCGUCAAUAGUUGGAGCUCCUUUAGACGAUGCUCGGCAUUUGACUCACCGGUAUGACAGAAUCCGCCAGGAGGUGGACGCUCAGGCAGCAGAGGUCAGGAGACGCCAACUAAAAUCCGUGGAGCCUGGAUCUACAUCAGAGGUUAAUGCUAUAAAGCUAAAAAAUGCUGAGAUGAAAUUAGAGGAGCUGAAAUCUACUAUGAUAGCACUGGGAAAGGAAGCAACGGCUGCUAUGCUUUCAGUUGAAGAUCAGCAACAACGGCUUACUUUUCAAAGGAUUCUCACUAUGGUAAAUGCUGAAAGGUCUUAUCAUCGUAGUGCUGUUGACAGUUUAGAGCAGCUCUACACAGAGAUGAUCAUAUCGAAGCAGCAGAUCGAGACUGCAUCUGAACCAGCUCCAGCUACGACUGAUGUAUAUGUUCCACCUGCAGAUAGUAACUCUGAUAAAUUUGAUGAUGUCGAGCCUGGUAUUCACAGCAGCACCAGUUUCAUAGCAGAAGUUAUACAUCCAUUUGAUGCUCAAGCAGAUGGAGAACUUGGUCUCUGUAUUGGUGACUACAUUGUGGUUCGCCAGGUCACUCCAUACGGAUGGUCUGAAGGAGAGCACAUGGGUAAAGCAGGAUGGUUUCCUUCUGCAUAUGUCGAAAAGCGGGAUAUAGCUCCAGUGAGCAAAGUGACCGAACUGGCAAGUUAAUUGCCUUAAUAAUCAGCAAAUCCCAGUUCCUCCUCAAAACUCCAUCUGACUGGUUUUGUAAGUGUAGUUAUUUGUGAAUUUCUACUCUUUUUUCCCCAUCGUAUUUGUAUGAGCCUGUCUUAUGGAUGUAAUUUUUUGGGUUCACUCAAGGUGUGGUUUAUAUCUAGCGUGUAAUAAUCUGAUAUUCAUAUACAGCUUGUAUUUCUAUUUGUAAAUCAUCUGUCUAUUUUAAUGGAAAAGAGUUCUCUCAUUGAUUAUAA